AUGACAACACCAGUGACGGGUUUUUUAGGACGUUUAUUACACUCUUCGUUAUGUCGUCCGAUAGUUCAAUAUCAUCGCACAUUUGCAACAACUCCAAGUUUAAAUCAAGCGAGCGAUUCCAGUAGUCCUGCCACCGAAAAUACAACUCGAACAGUAACCUUAAUUCCUGGUGAUGGAAUUGGACCAGAAAUAGCACAUAGUGUGCAAAAAAUAUUCGAAGCGGCUGGAGUGCCAUUAAACUGGGAAUCGGUUGAUGUUACUCCAGUAAAAUCUGCCGAUGGAAAAUUUCGUAUACCGCAAAAAGCAAUCGAAUCCGUCACACGAAAUCGUAUUGGAUUGAAGGGACCACUUGCAACACCCGUUGGUAAAGGUCAUCAGUCGCUAAAUCUCGCAUUACGUAAACAAUUCAAUUUAUUCGCCAAUGGCGUUGUACAAUCAAUUAAAUUAAUUACCGAACAUGCAUCAUCAAGAGUUGCUGAAUAUGCAUUUCUUUAUGCUAAACAGCACAGACGUGAGAAAGUAACAGCAGUGCAUAAGGCAAACAUCAUGCGUUUAUCUGAUGGUUUAUUUUUGCGCUGUUGUCGUGAUACAGCUGAAAAAUAUCCAGAAGUACACUUCGAGGAGAUGUAUUUGGACACGGUGUGCCUCAAAAUGGUUCAAGAUCCGACACAAUUUGACGUCCUUGUUAUGCCAAAUUUGUACGGUGAUAUUUUGAGUGAUUUAUGUGCCGGUCUCAUUGGAGGAUUGGGUCUCACGCCAAGUGGAAAUAUUGGCGAAGGAGGUGCUGCCAUAUUUGAAGCAGUUCAUGGCACCGCUCCAGAUAUUGCUGGACAAGAUAAAGCAAAUCCAACUGCCUUAUUAUUGAGUGCAGUUAUGAUGCUUCGACAUCUGAAUAUAAGCGACAAAGCAGACAAAAUAGAAAAAGCUUGUUUUGAUACCAUCAAGGACGGAAAGAAAAAAUCUCUGAAUCAGCGGGCUGCACCACGAUUGAAGAAGAUGGGCGCUUCAUUGCACGAAACAGAACAAAAAAUACCCAAUGAUAUCAAUAAUGAAAUACUAAAAUUUGAGAGAAAAUCUGCAACACAAUUUAAAAACACACAAAAUGAUGGAAGUGACGAUGGUCAAAAAAUCUUUAGUAAACCAGUAAGGAAAAAUGUCAAUAAUAAUCAAAAGCCAUUAACAUUAGAUCGUAAUGAGCUAGAACAACAUAGUUCUGGAAACCGUAGAGAUCAGAGAAACAAUAGAAAAACAUCAAAUGUGCAAUCUAAAUUUAAAGAAGCUCAAUAUGCAGAUACGCAACAAAAAUCAAAAUCGUUACAACAACAGGAACAGAAUUUGUCGUCAUCAUCAUCAUCAACCAGUUUAUCGAGCAUGCAAGAUUUACUGAUGAGUAUGACUGUGAACAGAAAACAAAAAAAAUCUUCGGAUAAUUUAGCAUUAGCAAGACCAGUGGGGAAUAAGAAAAUAAAUGAGCAACGACAACAACAAAAUUUACCGAAAAAACCAAUAGAGAAUUUUGAAUUAGUCGAUACGGACUCUCAUGAUAUUAAAAAUUUAACAAAACAAGUAGCUCAGACUAUAACAAAAGAUCAAUCAAAAAGUGACGAUGUUGAAAAGGAACUAUUGGAUGCUCUUCGUGGUCAUCGUAUUUCUUCAUCAGCAACAAAACAAUCAAUUCAACGAUUAAAGUCUUCUCCAAUUUCAUCACCAUCUCCUACACACAAACGUCCGGUAGCAACAGGAGUGGAGACCGAUACACCGCAGCAGGAUAAUGAUGGUGAUAAACAAAAAGUUACUGAUGCCUUUUCAUCAUUACUGAGAGAUUUAAAACUAAAUAUGUCAUCUCAAACGUCGUCCUCCAGAACAGAAGGUUUUGUCCGUGAUGUCGUUGAAGGAUCGUACGUUAGUCCAAAAUAUUCAGGAGGUAGAGAUGAUUCGGAUAGAAAAAGUGAUUCUCAACGUGCCACAGAUACAGUAGAUGGUGGAAGACGAAUAAAAGAUUCACGAAAAAAACAAGAAUAUUACAGAGCACAUCGUUUGUGGUCUGGAAAACCUUUAAACAUAUUCACAACAGACGAUUUUAAAGAAGAUGUAUUGGCCUCAACUGUGCCCCCAAUAUGGCAAAAAUGUGAGCAAGAUGAAAUAGAUCGAAUAUCAAUGAUACCACCAAGAAAUGCAUUUGAAGAAAUGAUUCGGUGGACAAAAGACGGAAUUUUAUGGAAAUUUCCUAUCGAUAAUGAACAAGAUAUUGGUCCUGAGGCUGAUAUUCCAUUUUAUGAACAUGUACUAUUAGAACGACAUUUACAUGGAUUUCCUGACAAGCCCUUAAUUCGUCAAUUUAUGGAAUUAGUUUGUACUGGAUUAGGACGAAAUCCAUUUUGGACAGUUGAACAAAAAGUUGAUCAUAUUAAUUGGUUUCGAGAUUAUUUCAAUGAAAAACUAAGUGUAUUUAAUGAAACUGUUCAAUCAGGACAAAUUAUAGCAACAACUCCGACGAGUGGUAGUACAGCUGCAGUCACUGCAGCGAGUGCUCCACCGAUUAAAACAACUGUUCCACCGGUUAAAACAAUUGUUCCACCUCCGAAGACUACUCCAUCGGCGACUGUUACUACGAAAAAAUAG